ACAGCUUUCGCUUCUGCUUGAGUCAGUCCUCACGCUGUUUCCAUAGAAACUAGAGAAGAAAUAGUCAUUUUCAGCAGGAGUUGUUAAAACUGUCUUCCAGGCUUCAGCAAUGAGUGCCAGUAAUCAAGUGAAAAAGAUGAGCUUCAUCUGUGGAUUGCAGUCUGCUGCUAGAAACCAUGUUUUCUUCAGAUUUAAUUCACUGUCUAACUGGAGAAAAUGUAACACGUUAGCAUCAACCUCACAGGGCUGUCAUCAAGUACAAGUUAACCAUAUAGUAAAUAAGUAUCAGGGACUGGGAGUAAAUCAGUGUGAUAGGUGGACUUUUCUGCCUGGAAACUUCCAUUUUUAUAGGACUUUUAACAACAAAAGAACAGGAUGCCUCUCAAGUACCAAAAAUAAGGAAAUUUGGAUGAUUACCAGCAAACGUACUGUAUGGAAUGACUCUUUUUCAAGACAGCUACUGAUAAAAGAAGUUACAGCAGUUCCUAGUCUGUCAGUAUUGCAUCCUCUGAGCCCUUCUCCUGUAAGAGCUAUUAGGAAUUUCCACACUUCUCCACGGUUUCAAGCUGCUCCGGUUCCUCUCUUGUUGAUGAUUCUUAAACCAGUGCAGAAGUUAUUUGCAAUCAUUGUAGGCAGGGGCAUAAGGAAAUGGUGGCAGGCACUUCCUCCUAACAAGAAGGAACUAUUUAAACAAAGUAUAAGGAAGAAUAAAUGGAAGCUAUUCCUUGGUUUGAGUAGUUUUGGAUUGCUCUUUGUGGUGUUUUAUUUUACUCACCUGGAAGUAAGUCCAGUCACAGGAAGGAGCAAGCUACUAUUAUUGGGGAAAGAGCAGUUCAGACUUUUAUCAGAACUGGAAUAUGAAGCACACAUGGAAGAAUUUAAAAAUGAUAUGCUAACUGAGAAAGAUGCCCGAUACCUGGCUGUUAAAGAAGUGCUUUGUCAUCUAAUUGAAUGCAAUAAAGAUAUUCCAGGGAUUUCUCAGAUCAAUUGGAUUCUUCAUGUGGUUGAUUCCCCAAUUAAUAAUGCCUUUGUGCUUCCAAAUGGACAAAUGUUUGUUUUCAGUGGAUUGUUAAAAAGUGUAACCGAUAUUGAUCAACUUUCUUUCCUUCUCGGCCAUGAAAUAGCACAUGCAGUACUUGGACAUGCUGCAGAAAAGGCUGGCAUGGUUCAUUUUUUGGAUUUCCUAGGUAUGAUUUUCCUCACAAUGAUUUGGGCCAUUUGUCCUCGAGAUAGUUUGGCACUUUUGGGCCAGUGGAUACAGUCUAAAUUGCAGGAGUAUAUGUUUAAUAGACCAUACAGCAGAAAAUUGGAGGCUGAAGCUGACGAAAUUGGACUACUGCUUGCUGCAAAGGCUUGUGCAGACAUAAGAGCCAGUUCAGUGUUUUGGCAGCAAAUGGAGUUUGUCGAUAGCCUGCAUGGCCUACCCAAGAUGCCAGAAUGGUUAUCUACACACCCUUCUCAUGGCAAUCGAGUUGAACAUCUGGACAGACUUAUACCUCAGGCUCUCAAAAUUAGAGAGAUGUGUAAUUGCCCACCACUGUCUAAACCAGACCCUCGAUUACUAUUCAAACUCAGCAUGGAGCAUUUUCUUGAAGAAUCAGAGAAAGAAGACCUAAAUAUCACAAAGAAACAGAAAAUGGAUACUCGUCCCGUUCAAAAACAAGAGCAAAUACCAUUAACAUACGUAGUUGAGAAAAGAACUGGCAGUUGAAUUAAAAUUUAUGAGACACAAGAUAUAUGAAGAAUGUUGCAAUCCUUAUCAUUUUAUGUUACUUUUUAAAAAAUGAUGUUUGAAGUGAAGAAAAAAAAAGGAUAUUCAGGGUCAAAUCAUGUAUAUUACAGAUAUUAUCUAAAUUCUUCUAGAAUUUAUUUUUCAUGAAAUAUUGAUAUAUUUUAAUCUAUGUUAAAAUAUCUUGAAUGAGGAAAAUGUCACAGAAUAAAUUUAUAUUAUACAUUUUA